AUGCAGUGGCGAAAACUGACCAGGUUGAAGUCUUCGCCGGGCGGACAGUCGCGAGCUCGGAGGAUGCUCUGCUGCGGCCGCAGGAAGGAAAAUGGGCGCGCGGCGCCGGACCUUACGGCAUCGCCGGGGCGCGCACCGCCGGGCCCGCCGCAGCCGGCCCGCGCCAACCACGCGCCACCCUGCGUGCUGCAGCCAGACUUCCGCAAGGUAUCGGGUGUCAGUAAUGAAAUAUUCAGGCAAAUUGAGAUGGUGGAAAACGAUCAUGAUGCCACCACUGCAGCGGCGCUUGAGGCGGUGGAGCGACGCGGUGAGAUGAUUGUACGAAUUCUUGAAUUGAGACAAGUCGGAAGAAAUAAUGUUGAAGCCGCCAAAAAAUUUUUUUCCUUACAAGAUGCACGUCACAUAGUUCAACUAGUGGAGAUCGUGAAGCGCCCUGGUCAAACCUUGGGUCUAUAUAUACGAGAGGGAGACGGUGGUGCUAGGACUGACGGAGUGUUCAUAUCACGAAUAGCUCUCGAAUCAGCGGUAUAUAACAGUGGAUGUCUUAAGGUUGGGGAUGAAAUCCUGGCUGUCAACCUGGUGGAUGUGAGACGCAUGUCUUUAGACGAUGUCGUCAUUAUUAUGUCUAUACCCCGCAGGCUUUUAUUGUGUACUAGACAGAGAAAAGGAAAAUCGGGCCCUGGUUCACCAUCAUUACCGAGAUCUGAGCACAAACCACCUCCUGUUGUUGUGUUGAAAAGAGACUGCCGGGACGAUGACGAUCACGACAGAGUUGAUGGACUUUAUUCACAACAUGGUACCUUACGUUCAACGGGAGGUCCUGGAAGUUCUGUAAGACCAGUUGGUGAUGGUAGAGAAGAAAGAAGUCGUUUACAACUUGGUGCAUUAUCACCAGAUUCCACUCCACUUGAUCUAUAUUACAAUUCAAGACCACCCUCCGAUCAUGCCACGUGGAGUUACCGGCCACCUCCGCCAGUUAUUACGGAGCAACCUAAAUCUACCGCAACACAUUUUGUGCCAUAUGAAAGGUCUUAUCCGAAUACAUUGGAAAGUCUAGCGGAAAAAGUUCAUUCCUUUUACCCAUCGGAGACUGGAGGGUAUAUACAGCAACAUGCUCAACCUAGUAGCAGUAUGCGGUUUGGUGGAAGAGUUCCUCGUUCUGGUUCUGAGCAACAGCUGCCAAGGGCCGAAACUCAUUCUGACUUUGGCCGUCAUUCACUGCUCCGAUCUAGUUUGAAAGCCUCAACUGCUGCAGGGCCAGGAGCUUCCAGUUUGACAAGAUAUGGACAACGUUACGGUGGAGUAGGAAUGCCGGGUUCGGGAUUACCUGGAAGUGGACUCACUGGCACUGGUCUAGGCGGAACUGGUUUAAGUAGUUCAGGAUUGCCUUCAGGGUUCUCUGCUACUGGCCUCAGUGGUUUGACUGGAUCCAGUUUAGUAGGGUCGGGUUUGGCAAGUUCUGGUCUUAGUAGUACUCUCACGGGAACUGGACUAAGUUCGACACUUGGCGGAGGUUAUGGCACUACAGGAUUAGGUCUACCGUCAUAUGGAAGUAAAUUUGGAACGACUAGAAGAAAUCGAAGCUUGGAUUACUCUUCUGAUACUGAGGCAACAGCGCCCACUAGAACUCCUUAUUACUCAGGCUUGAGUGGUUACAGGAGUAGUACUUUAGGAAGGGACAUAGGAUCGAAAUUUAAUUCUUUACCAAGAGAUGUCAGGGGAACUGGUCAAAGACUGGGACUAACUAGACGCACAGGGAGUGUACUACAAGAUGAACCUGAACCGUUGUCCUCGCGAUUAGACUUACGUUCUUCCAGAGGUCGCCUGCCUUCCUCUCCCUCAGUAUUUACAUCAGAUGAAUAUCGCGCAUGGUUAUCUCGAGCUCCAUCGACAAGUGCAUUAUAUGAAACACUUCGUCCCCGACUGCCUACACACUACUCAGCGGAAAAUAUACAUGAUGCACUUAAGAAUAUGGAAAGUGGAAGUCGCUUUGGAUCUUCUCUCGGCUUAGCUGGAAGGCGCAUUGAAAGGCCUCGUCAUUUACCAGCUAGAUCGUUAUCAUCGCAACAGUUGGGACCGACUGCAAGCGGAUCACCAUCAGCUCGUCGUGUGAGACAGCUUCUUGAGUUGGGAUCGAAGUUUACAUGCCCAAAUCCAAGUCCUGUACCAACACCAGGUUCAAGACAUCAACGACAUCUGGAUAUUAACCCUAAUGAGUUCCUAAAAUAUAAAGUGGACAAACCCGGUCAAGGAGGUUUAUCAUCAUCUAUGACGGGAUUGUCUCGUCUCUCUGGAGGCGUGUCUGGUAUGCUCUGGGUCCACCUUCUUGCUGGUAGAGGGUUGCGUCCUGCUCCUACUGGCUCCUCACCGGGUUCACCACCCUCAGGACCCCUCGCGCCGCCACAACCUCCAGUAGCACCUCGUGAUCUUUAUUGUGUCUUAGAAUGUGAUCGCGUACAUAAAGCUCGUACAGUGGUUCGCACUGGUGAGUUGCAGUUUGAUUGGGAUGAGUCUUUUGAAUUGGAGUUGGUUGAUAACAGACAGCUAGACGUACUCGUGUAUUCCUGGGAUCCACAACACAGGCACAAACUUUGCUUUAGGGGAGCUGUGACUUUACCAGAUUUAUUAGCUCGUUCGCCAUUCCAUCAACUUGCUAUAAAGAUGGAGCCUCGUGGGACGCUAUACAUGCGAGUCCGUCAUACUGAACCACACGAGUUAUUCCGUCGCCGCGUAGCGCCUUCUCGCAUAGCUCCAGCACCGUUGUUUGGGGCUGAGUUAGAAGCAGUUGUGGCACGGGAAUUACGGCCACCGCACGCACCACCCGUACCGUUGGUGGUAAGACGUUGUGUUGAAGAGAUUGAGAGACGAGGGCUGGACAUUAUUGGACUCUAUCGCUUAUGUGGUUCUGCUAACAAGAAACGUAUACUUCGUGAGGCAUUUGAACGUAACGCACGUGGUGUUGAGUUGACACCGGACUCAGUUCCUGAUAUUAACGUGAUUACUGGAGUAUUAAAGGAUUAUUUGACUGAAUUGCCGCAACCUCUUAUCAGCCGCUGUUUGUAUCAAAUGACGUUGGAUGCUUUAGGCGUUUGUCUUCCCGACGAUAAAGAAGGCAAUGCUCGUCUCAUGGCCUCUAUAGUGGAAUGUCUUCCACGAGCCGCAAGAGCUACUUUGGUCUUCCUGCUUGAUCAUUUAGCAUUAGUUGUGGCUGCUCAAGAUCGUAAUAAAAUGUCACCACAGCAUUUGGCUGUUGCUAUGGCACCUCCAUUAAUGUUACAUUCCCAGCCACCAGCGGAAUUAGAUUACCAGCGUCCAAUACAUGUACUCCAAUGUCUUCUUCAAAUUUGGCCUCCACCGAAGCGUUCAGUUCGGCGCGGCGAGCCAGCAACCGGGCCGCGUGGAAACAAAGUCAGUGCGUCGCCAGUGGCCUCAGCCACCCUCCCCCAAGGCCGAGCUCCGCCCUCAGUCAGUCCAUAUCGGCAUCAAGCGGCAGCAUCAGCAGCAUCUCCGCCGCCAGCUCUCUCGGGUCGUCAAGGAGUCGACCGCUCGCCGCCCGCACAUGUUCUCUCAUCAGUCAGGGGAGGCCAAUAUCGUCCGCAGUCGCCUCUUCGCGGCCCUCUGCCCGCUCCUCCUCGCUCCCGACAGGUGACGGUGUCAUCUCCCGGCUCCCCCAGCAGUAGCUCCGGGAGCCACAGCCCCGCCGACACUAUCAAGCAUGGCGGCUCCGUGUCAUCGAUACUACGUCAACCGGAACGCGCGAGCUCUCCUCGCGUGUCACCCAGACAGUCACCUCGCGCAUCUCCUCGAGAUUCCCCGCGCGGGACACCGAGGGAGACCACGCCCCGGGAAUCUCCUCGGCCUGCUAUACCAGGAACGUCGGCCGGUCUGGCCGUGACUCUGAACUCCGAGCGGGGUUCGAGCCCACGUUACAGCUCCACCAAUCCGUUUUUGCAGCAGUAUGAUGCCGAGGAGGAAGCGGAGGCGUGGCGCGCCGCAGACAUAUUCUCAUCCACGCACACAUAG